GCCCUUUAAAGUGCGCAGCCUGCCAGACUCGGCGGCCCUCUCCCAAAGCUAAAGAAACAAGGUAGUGUAGCCAGCCAUCAAGUACACCGCAGUGCUGCACCGAGCGGCUCUAGGCUAGCGGAGUUGAGUGUCGUCAGACAGCCACCACCUUCCAGUUCCAGCCAUGGCCACGGCGUCGGCGGCGCGGAUAGUGCCGGUGCUGCUGGCCCUCGCGGCCCUCAUCUGCGCGGCGGCGGAGGCGUCGCCAGCGAAGGUGCCGGCGAUGUACGUGUUCGGGGACUCCACGGCCGACGUCGGCAGCAACAACUACCUGCCUGGCAGCGCGGUGCCGCGGGCCAACUUCCCGCACAACGGCGUCGACUUCCCCACCUCGCGCCCCACCGGCCGCUUCAGCAAUGGCUUCAACGGCAUCGACUUCUUAGCUCUGAACAUGGGCUUCAAGCGCAGCCCCCCGCCGUUCCUCUCGGUGGCCAACAGAACCAACAGGCAGAUCGCGCGAGGGCUGCUGGGAGCAAACUUCGCCUCCGCAGGAUCAGGCGUUCUUGACACGACGGGUGACUCCAUCGUCUCGAUGAGCAAGCAGGUCGAGCAGUUCGCCAUUCUGCGAUGCAACAUCUCUGCGCGCAUCGGCAAAGAGGCGGCCGACACCGUGCUGUCGAGGUCCCUGUUUGUCAUCAGCACCGGCGGCAACGACAUCUUCGCCUUCUUCUCGGCGAACAGCACGCCGACGGCCGCGCAGAUGCAGCUGUUCACCGCCAACCUGGUUUCGCAGUACAAAAAUCAUGUGAAGGCUCUGUUCGGCCUCGGGGCGAGGAAGUUGGCCGUGAUCGACGUCCCGCCGAUCGGGUGCUGCCCCUACCCGAGAAGCCUGCACCCUCUCGGUGCCUGUAUCGACGUCCUCAACGAGCUGACCCGUGGGCUCAACAAGGGCGUCAAGGACGCCAUGCAUGGCCUCAGCGUCAGCUUGGGUGGCCUCAAGUACUCCAUCGGGAGCUCCCACGCCGUCGUGCAAAGCAUCAUGAAGCACCCCCAAAGACUAGGGUUCAAGGAGGUGACCAUGGCGUGCUGCGGCUCCGGCAAGUUCAACGGCAAGUCGGGCUGCACGCCCAACGCCACGCUGUGCGACAACCGGCACGAGUACCUCUUCUGGGACCUGCUGCACCCGACGCACGCCACGUCCAAGCUCGCCGCCGCGGCCAUCUACAACGGCUCGCUGCACUUCGCAGCGCCCAUAAACUUCAGGCAGCUAGCGGAGGACCAGUGCUAGAUAGACUGAUAGAGCACGCACGGCCGCGUGCGCGGUCGUGUCUGCUGCGUUAUUAGGUUUGCUUCACGUGUCUGUGAUGGUGAUGUUUGUGUGUAGGAUAUGUAUGCACAGUGGUGUUCGUCUGUGGUUUCAUUUGUGUAUUGUUAGGUGGGUGCCUGGCGUAGUGUGGAACCUAAAGAUCAAAAUGGUACCAUCUCUGUAAUGCAGGUUAAUUACUUCUCGAGGUUCGUAUGUAGUACUGUAUAUCCGAAUGAACUAAAAUUUAAUUAAAUAUAUUCUAGUAUUUUUACGUCA